CCCAAUUAUAGAUUGAAAACGUUGCGGUUCGACGCCCGACGUUACGGUCGGUGAAAAGUUCGUUUAUACGCAGGAUGUUUUGUUGAUUAUAAAUUUUUCGGUUGUUGUUGCGGUUGACGUUUUACGUCCAAAAGUUAACCAACUUUUAACUUCGACAGGAACGUUGACCUUGAAACGUUAGUAAUAGCCAAUAGAAAUGACUUUUUUAGCGCCUCUAUUUAAAAAAAAAUGCGGUGGCGGCGAUUCGAGCGAUCAUAACAUAACCUCACAAUUGUUUCAGUUUCUUUUUGGAAAGUAGGUAUGAAUUUUCGAAAUUUUCUUUAGAAAAUGCAGGAAAAAGGUGAUUUAUAUUAAAAUUUAGUACUUUGUAGGUGUUUCUAUUUUGUUAUUGGUGCCUAUUGUUGUGAACUGUGAAAAUGGAGGUCUUGGAAGACACUAGAGUUGGUAUGUAUACUAAACAAUGUGCAGAAAGAUAUAAUUAUAAAUUUUAUAUAUUAUUUUUUAUAGAUAUACACCUUUUUCUUUCCCUAGUAGAAGGAUUUAAACACUUAUACGACAUCAAACAUAAAGACUAUAAAGAUGGUCAGAAAAAAGAAAAUAGCUGGAGGGAAAUAGGCACCGCUAUGGACAUAUCAGUUGAAGAAGCCAAACGGAUAUGGAAACUCCUUCGGGAUACAUAUGUUAGGAAGAAAAAAGCUGAACCAUCUGGUUCACAAGGUGGCCUUGCUAGGCCUUGGCCUUAUAUGCAGGCCAUGCAGUUUUAUGAUUCGUGCAGGGUACAGAGAAGAACAGUCUCGAACGUAAAAUUACCGAUUUCUCGGCCAAGUACCUGCGCAACUGCCUCUACUAGCACCUCUACAGUAUGGGACAGCAUGUCCACAAUUGUCAGCUCUUGUGCCGAAACUCAAUCUCAGGCUCAAGACUCUCAACUUGUAGAAGAGAGUGAAAAUACUAUCGAAAAAGAACAAGUGGUAAAGGAGACAGAAAAGAGUAAGCUAGCACUAGAAGAUGGAAUAGGACACUUCCGAAAAAGAAAAGUCCAGGCAAAUGGAUCUGAAAUAAAUGAAAUUGUUGGGUUGGCUAAAACAAUAGUUAGCAAUAUGAACAGCACUGUGGGUCCUAUAAAUGCAGCCUUUGGGAAAUUUGUCUCUAUCAGGCUUGAUGAGAUGUCAUCUGAAAUUGCCAAACAAAAAAGACUGAGGAUUAUGGAGAUUUUGGAAGAUUAAGUUUAGUAACAAUAAGUAUAAUAUACAGGGUCCGGCAAUAGUGCUUAGGAGCUACAUCCUAGAAUAAAAAACUUGAGAAUUUUGUUUAAGUGCAAACCUAAAGUAUAUACCAGGAUGUA